AUGUCUAUUUGGCAGAAUAAAUGCACUCUGGAUUAUCACAUUUAAGUAUAUAAUAUUUAAUGAAGUAAUAAAUAAAAUUAGAUGCAUUAGAAGAAUUAUGGUAGGAAUACAAAAAAUAAGAAAUAAGAAUUUCAAAAUAAAAAUAAAAAUAUGAACAAAAAAAGAAAUAUAACAAUAAGAAAAAGAGAAAGAAAAGCAGUAGUAGCAGUAGCAGUAGUAGAAGUAGUAGUAGCUCAUCUUCUACAAGCUCUAGUUUUUAGGCUAUUACUAGUUCAAGUGAAUCUGAUAGUUUAUUAUCAUUACCUUCUAAUUCUAAAUCAAAAAAUAAACAAAUGAAAUCUUAGACUAAAAUUUUAGAUUUUAUUUUUGAUAUCAAUCCACCUAAAAGAGAUUAUUUGAUAGAAUAUGAAUUAAAUGGAUAAAAAAAAAUGACUUCAAUGAAAAAUUUGAAUGAAAAAAUAUAAAAACUAAAGUCUUAAUCAUAAUCAAUAUAAAAUUAUGAUGAUAAAAAUGACGAUGAUAAUUUAAAGUAUCAAUAACAUAUAUAAAUUAUAGAUAAGAUUUAAAAGAUGAAUUAGAAUUAGGUGCGAAUAGAUACUACUAAUAAAAUCCAUUCGAAUACUGUUAUAGAUGUAAGUAGACUGGACAUCAAGAAAGAUAAUGUACUGAGUAAUUAAACAUAUAAUGCAAUUAUUGUUUAAGUUAAAAACAUGUAGGGGACAUAUGCUCUAAUGUUUCUUGUUUUAGAUGCAAUCAAAUGGGUCAUAGAAAAUAUGAUUGUAAGGUAAACUAUAAAUAUAAAUAUUUAGUUUUAGCAAAGAUUAUAAUAAUGCAUAAACUGUGGUAAGAACACCCACAAAGAGUAAGAUUGCGGAGUUUUGACUUAUAAUAUACAAAUUUUUUUAGAUUAGAUAGAAUGUUUAGUUUGUAGAAAUUAUGGCCAUAUCAAUUGCUUAAAUAUUAUAAGUUGA